UCCUUCCUGGACAUGUGCUGCUCCUCCGUCACGCUGCCCAAGAUCUUGGUGAACUUCCUGAGGCAGCAGCAGACCAUCUCCUACUGGGAGUGCAUGGCACAGAUGUUCUUCCUCAUGAGCUGCUCAGGGGCUGAGGGCACACUGCUGGCUGUCAUGGCCUUUGACCGGUAUGUGGCCAUCUGCAAACCCCUGCACUACAUCUACAUAAUGGAUAAGAAAGUGUGUGUCCCACUGGCCACAGUGUCCUGGCUCUCAGGUAUCCUGAACUCAACUAUGCACACCUUCCUGACCACCAACGUCUCCUUCUGUGGAGCCAACCAGAUUUACCACAUCUUCUGUGACGUCCCUCCUCUGCUGAAGAUCGCCUGCAGUGACACCUACAUCAACGAGAUCAUGCUGCAUUUGGCCAGUGUCUUCAUGGGAAUGAGCCCAUUUUUGUCAAUAGUCAUCUCGUACCUCUAUAUACUGCUGGCCAUCCUCCGCAUCCGCUCCAACACGGGCAGGCACAAAGCCUUCUCCACCUGCACCUCCCACCUGGUUGUGGUCAUCAUGUACUUUGGGACGGCCAUCGUGCACUACAACGCACACAGGUGUGGUACCUGA